AGUAAAGCUAGGUUUGCCGAACCAAAUAGCCGAACCCGGUUUGUUCAAAAGAAAAAUAAAACCACUCACUCACUCCCUUCUCUUUCUCUGUAACAAAAAUGGCGGCAUCUUCUAGAAAAUCCAGAACCCCAGUUCUCCGAUCUCUCUCACCAUCACCACGAUUCAACUCUUCACCUUCCUCCGCUUUCGCUUCCUCCACCUCCAGCUUCUCCUCCCGCUCCACCACCUUCUUCCACCACCACCGUUCCACAUCUCCCACACGUGUCAGCCUCUGCGGCGUUUCUUCAUCAUCCUCGGUCCGAUUCUCCCUGGACCGGUCAAUUUCACCGAACCGGUCUAUCUCCGUUGCGCCGCGAAGUGGUGGUUCCGGUGGUGGUCAGUUGGUGAAGAAGCAGAGUAACCAGAGGCAUCAGCAGCAGAAGAGGACGUGCAUGUGUUCGCCGACGACGCACCCUGGCUCGUUCCGAUGCAGUCUCCACAAAGGCUUCGGCUCACACUCCGCCGCGCCGUACUCGUCGAACCGCCUCAACGCGCGCAGAUCCGCCAUGACGAACUCGCUAGUCAGGAUCCGCGGCGUGGAAGGGGAGAUCGUGAGGAGAGCGCUCUCCGCGUUGAUUCGUCCUUCCUCGCAUCAGCAGAGGAGGAGAGGAGACUUUCGGCCGAGACCUAGCAGACUCUCCGUCAUGUCCAAGGCCGCCGAUGACUCAUGAUGAUGACCACCGGCCUCCGCCGUGCCGGAUUCCGCCGUAACGGCUGUAGAUCUGAAAGCCUUAUUAUGUGGUUUUUCGUUCGUCUGUGUCCGCGCGUGUGUAUAUAGAUAUUAUAGAUGAUAUAUCUGGUAGUGGCAGCCAUUGAUGGCCACUGUUUGAAGCUUCUGGACUGAAUUUCAUCAAAUCAAAAACAAUUUUGACUAAAAUUAUAUAAAAUCAAAUCUCACUUUAAAUUUAAAA